AUGGCUCAUAAUUCCAAUCAUGAAGAGGAAAGGGAAGGUGGAUUUGGUGGUGUUAAGGGUUCUUGUGAUUAUAUUGUUCAAUCUCCAAAUCAAUCCUUACAAUUAAUUCCACACCCUAUUGGCUUCAAUUCCUCUACCUCUGCCAAUGCCAACUCGGUUCAAAUUUCGACCAGAAUCGAUGAUCGUCGGGUUAGAAUUAAAAAACGUUCUUCAAAACCUAAAGCUUCAAAGAAGAAAGAUGGUUAUCAUCAACGUCAAGGAGCUAAGAAGCCACGCCUCAUUUGGACACCAGAACUCCAUCAACAUUUUCUUGAAAUUCAUAAUCGCUCACCAUUACAUGAAAGACUUUUCCCUAAGAAAAUCUUGGAGCAAAUGAGAAAAAAAUUCCCCUUUAUCACUAGAGAAAAUAUUGCCAGCCACCUCCAGAAGCAUAGAUUGUUUCUCAAGAAGAUGGAAGAGAAUUCAGCAAAAUCCACUUCCAAAUUAGCACCUCCCAAAGUUCUCAAAGUACCUAAUUCCCAGCCAAUUCCCAAUAAUACUUCCAAUUCCAAUUCCACAAACCCUAAUUUUCAACUUAUUCCCCAAAGCCAUUCCAUUUCUACAAAUCCUAAUGCUCAGCUAAUUCUCCAAAGCCAUUCCAAUUCCACAAACCCUAAUUCUCAGCUCCUUCUCCAAAGCCAUCCCAAUUCCACAAACCCUAAUUCUCAGCUCCUUCUCCAAAACCAUCCCAAUUCCACAAACCCUAAUUCUCAUCCUACUCUACCAAAAAAACCCCAUAUUAUCAAUGAGACAUGGCUAAACCACGAAGUGCAUUUCCUUUUUGAUCAAACCAAUCAUGCUUCAAGUCAAACAAUGAUGGAGCAGAAGCAGCCUUCAUUCAACAUUAAUAAUAUUAAUGUUAAUGGAGGAAGCAACAUUUAUUCAAAUAUGAUAAAUGUUUGUGAAAUCCAAGAAAACCCUAAUUGGACACUACCAAUAAGGCAAUCAUCAAUGGCAGCAACUAAUGAUCUUGCUUUUAGUAUUAAUCUUUAUCCUCCUCCAACUUCAGCCAAUCAAAUCUCUAAUAUUGAUGGUAAUGGUGUUGGUAUUGGGCUUCAUCCUAUCAUGAAUUAUAACUCUGUUGGACGUUUGAAUAAUUAUACUAAUGAUUACUUUCUUGGCACCCUCCCAAACUUUGGUUUUGGAGAUUAUAACAUGAAUUUGAAUUUUGAUCAUGUACAAGUUGAUCAUGGGCAUGGUCUCAACAAUGAUAUGUAUUGUCUUGGAAGAAGCUAUUCUCAGACUUUUGAUUUUGGAUAUCCUUCCAACUUCAAUCCCAUCAAUGAUUUUCAGUGCAUUUUGACCAAUAUUGUUACUUUGACAGACCUUUGA